AUGGUGCUAACCUUCGUCCCUUCAAUAGUGUCUGCCAACCUGGUUCCUCUCACCGUCAUUAAGGGCGCCGGCUCUGAGCAUAUCCCUCUUCCUCAGGGAGAGAACGCCACCCUCGCCGACUUCCACUCUAUCCGGACCAACACUACCCACAGCCCCGCAUACUUCACCUCUGGCUUCUACAAGAUCGAGGCUGGACCCGCUCGUCCUGCCCACUACACCUUCGAGGAGACCAAGUACAUCCUGAACGGACAGAUCGACAUCCUGGACGAGGCCACUGGCAUCACCCACCACCUCGUUCCCGGUGACUUCGCCUUCUUCAACGUCGGAACAAAGGUCAAGUUCUCGACGAAGUCUAGCGGUCUCGCUUUCUACGCUGUUACUCGCCCUGUUCGCACUCCCCACCCCAACCUCCAGGGCCGCGAGGAGGAGAAGAAGUCGUCUCGUCUGUAG